AUGGAUAUCUCCAAAUACACCGAAUGCCUCUCGCAAUGGCCCGCUCAUAUCGAGUCGGGCCUCCCUGCUGUCGGCGCACUGCUUCUGCUUGCUACUGGUGGCCUCGUCGUCGCCUGUAAGAUCUGGAGCUUCGUCCGCGUGCUCCUCAGUUUGUUUGUCCUUCCGGGCAAGCCGCUUCGCUCUUUCGGUCCUCCUGGUAGCUGGGCCGUCGUGACCGGUGCCUCGGAUGGUCUGGGCAAGGAGUUCGCGCUGCAGCUGGCGCGUGCCAAGUUCAACAUUGUGCUAGUGUCCCGGACCGAAUCGAAGCUUGUCACUCUGGCGGACGAGAUCACCAAGCGUUUCCCGAAUGUUGAGACCAAGAUCCUCGCCAUGGAUUUCUCCCGCAAUGCCGACGAAGACUACGAGGCUAUGCGCUCUCUGGUUUCCGGUCUAGAUGUCUCCAUCCUGGUCAACAACGUUGGCCAGAGCCACUCGAUCCCCGUUCCCUUCGCCCUGACUCCCGCUGCCGAGAUGAACGAUAUUAUCACCAUCAACUGCAUCGGCACCCUGCGCGUGACCCAGAUCUUCGUUCCCGGCAUGAUCCAACGCCGCCGCGGUCUGAUCCUGACCAUGGGCUCCUUCGGCGGCCUGCUCCCCACUCCUCUGCUGGCCACAUACUCUGGCAGCAAGGCCUUCCUGCAGCAGUGGUCCACCUCUCUGGGUUCUGAAUUGGCUCCCCAUGGUAUCGAGGUUGAGCUCGUCCAGGCAUACCUGAUCACCUCCGCCAUGUCCAAGAUCCGCCGCGCCUCUGCCGCCAUCCCUACCCCUCGCGCCUUUGUCCGCUCGGUUCUGUCUAAGAUUGGCCGAAGCGGUGGCUCCUCGACCUAUGCGUACAGCUCUUCCCCGUACUGGAGCCACGGUAUCAUGGCCUGGUUCCUGACCUCGGUCACUGGAGUCAUGGGCAAGUUCGUGGUUCACCAGAACAAGGGUAUGCAUGAAAGCAUCCGCAAGCGAGCUCUGCGCAAGGCGGAGCGCGAGGCCCAGAAGAAGAGCACCUAA